GCACGUACGCACUCAGCUGCACGCAGUAAGCCAACAAAUAUAUAUGGCAUAAGAAGCGCAUUUGUUACUUCCCUGAAGCCACGAGAAAGAAUAUUUUAUAUUAUUCAUAAUUGCUGGUGUAAUAACUCACUAUUUCGCAUCAUCACGAACAAGUUCGUUGCCCGCGUUCUAUAGCACCAGCUACAGAAGGAGCAUCGCCACAUUGAGAUCAAAGAAACUGAAAUUAAAUUCUACUGAAGUAGACUGGACUUAUCUAUACACAAGAUGCGUGUUGUAGUAACUCUUACGAUGUGUCUGCUGGGGCUGGGGCAGGAGGGACAAUGUCGCUAUAAGGAGUGGAAGCCGGUGUCUGCAGACCCUGCCGUGUUGAAGGGUCAAAACAGCUCCCGCAUCCUUGGGUCCCGAACGCGAUGCUCGAGCUGGGCUUCUACAAAGGACUGGACUUUCAUGGCCUGUUACAUUCCCCUUACUGGUUUGUCGGGGAACUGCACCCUGUGGGAUGACAAGCCCAUCAGAAAUGGGCAGGUGAACCUGACGGCCUCAACAGGAUCAAGCAACUGCAUGGCUGUCUUCGGGGCUGACGCCUGUGUCCUGCCGGGAAAUACCCUCCUGAAGGUCGGAGAAAAGCGAGCCAACCAGUUUUGUUCGAAUGACCUACAGGACGUGUGUCUGCCCAGUGGCAUGAUGGACGUGAACAAACCGACGGCGCCUCUUCAGAGCUGCACUGCACCCUUCAGUGUCUCAGGUGGAUCAUGUCUCAUGGUUUCUUCAGUCACGAAGAAUUGGUGCGAAGCUCGCGCAAUUUGUCUGUCGCUGGGAGCCGACCUCGUCACUGCGCGCUCCGACCAAGACCUCAUGCAGAUACAAACGUUUUACAAGGCUUCUGGUAUGACUCAAUACGUGUGGGUAGGCAGCAACAAAAUCAACGGGCAGUGGGUGUGGCUCAACAGCUACAGGAACCCGUACACCAUGCCAGACUGGUAUCCCGGACAACCCGACUCGGACCUAUGCGGUCAUAUCGUGAAGACUGCGGCGGGCGAUGUCAGGCUAGCGGAUCUGGGCUGUUCGGGAUCACUUCUCUUCAUGUGCGGAGCUUUGCUAGCUCCGUAACUUUGGCAUGUGAAGUUGGUCAAGCGGCGUCACCGAAGAUCGUAACGCCUACUGUAUACCAUGAGGUAACCUCGUCCUGCAACUAAUGUUCUGAUGUGCAAGUUGCAAUGAUGUAAAUGCACUGAUAAAACGAAAAUAAGACACUUAUUUUCAUCUUCUCUUCAUGAAGGCACCCCACAAUUGCAGAAGAUAGUGCACAACCUCUCUAUUCCAUUUCAGCAUUCGAGCUUUUCGUGCCCACACAGAUGUUAAAAAACAAUUUAAAAUCUUGAUCGAUAAUGAUUUCCAAAUAAAGGUUAUGCCUAUCAUGUUGGGAAUAAUUUUAGAUAUAUUGUCUACUUUCAAGAAAUAUUUACUGUUUAAAUACUAUAAGCGCAAGUAAAAGAAGAUUAAAAUCAUCGGAGAAUCUUCAGCGAUAUAUUGGCGAAGUAACACUUUUGUCGCCAUGUUAUAACUAAUCGGUUAACAACCUGAGUUGCAGGUUGAGAUCAAACAAGUUGCGUUAAAAACUCUUCUUUUUCGACUGUUCCGUGACGCGUGUCAGAAAUUUACGAUGGGUAUGAUGAAUUUUAUGUUCUGAUACCAACGACUAAGCAUUGAUUGUGACUGUCUGAUUGAGUCAGUGAAGAGUGUUCAUUUCAAUAAAUCUUUUUUUAAAUAAAAAAUAAUGACAUUUACCAUUAUUUGCCUAUUACCACCUUCGUGCACCGCACAUGUUUAAUACUUUGACGUGUGAUCCAAGUUAAACCAGUGGGGGACAUUGGACUGCACCUGUGAUAGUUACGGAUUCCAAUGAAAGUAUUCUAUCAACGUAUCGUGACGGUGACAGAGGCCAUUGCCGACAGAACCGUGACGGCUCCAAUGUGAGCCGCGGCCUCUGCUAAGAGCCUGUAAUUAACAGCAAAGAAUGUUCCUGACACAGCUGUUUAAUUAUUGAUUUCCUAAAUGUUAAUGACGCGUGAUGGGCAAACUUUUGGCCAUUCCAAAAGACUGUGAACUAAAUAACUAUGAACUAAAAGACUGUGAAAUAAGACUAUGUAAUAACUUGGUAGAAAUUAACGAGGUAGUUUAGUACUGGUUGAUAUUAAUUUUUUAUGUCAUGCUGAAGUAAUUUCAUGUUAGGAAUUUAGUUUUUUUGAAGUUAUACAAGUAUUCAGAUUUAUUUUCGAUCUGUGAUUAAUUGAUAUUUG